GCAGCGGUGGGGGAAAGCGGCGGCGCUGCCGGUCCCCCGGGGCUGCCGCGGAGCCGAGCGAGGGGCGGGCGGGAGCAGCCUCGGCCGUCCCCCGCGGCGGCGGCGUGUGGGGGUGCGGGGGGUUCCGGGCCCUGUCGGGAGCCGGUGCCGGCGGCUGCCGGUGCCGGCGGCUGCCCGUGGUCGGCGCCCGCCCCUCGCGGCGGCCGGGGGACGCGCGGGGCCGGCCCCUUGGCAGCGGCGGCGGCGGCGUUGCCCGGGGACGCUCCACACCCGACACCCGCGCUCAGCCGCCGCGUUUUUAUUUAUAGCAGAUCUGGUGAGCGUGCGGGACAGCGGAGCCCCGUCCCGAGCCGCGAGGAUGGCGUGCCGCAGCAGGUGAACUGCGUAAGCGCCGCAGCGGAGAGCAGCGCUCGGGAGGGCAGGUUUUGUUAGAGCUUCUGAUCUUCCGUUCAACUUGUGUGUCAUGGAUGAAACUGCUUUAUCCCUUGGAACAAUAGAUGUUUCCUAUUUUUCCACCUCAGCAGAGUGCAGUAUCAGUAGAUGUAAGCAUUCCAGUGAAGAAUGGGGAGAAUGUAACUCUAGGCCCACUCUCUUCCGAUCCGCCACUUUAAAAUGGAAAGAGACUCUGUUGAGCAGAAAAAGGCCAUUCGUGGGACGAUGUUGCUACGUAUGCACUCCCCAGAGCCGGGAUAACUUCUUCAACGCUAGUAUUCCUUCUUUGGGUCUACGUAAUGUCAUAUAUAUCAAUGAAACACAUACGAGGUACAGAGGGUGGCUUGCAAGACGCCUUUGUUAUGUCCUUUUUGUGCAAGAGAGGGAUGUUCAUAAGGGUAUGUUUGCCAAGAAUCUGACAGAAAAUGUGUUGAAUAACAGCAGAGUCCAGAAGGCCAUUGUAGAUGAAGCUUCUGAACCAAGUGCUCCAGGUAGUUUUGCUCAGACGGAUCCUAAAGCUAUCAACAAAGUGAAGAAAAAAGCUAGGAAAAUUCUCCAGGAAAUGGUUGCAAAUGUGUCGCCUGCUUUAAUCAGGUUGACUGGCUGGGUGUUACUGAAGUUGUUUAACAGCUUUUUCUGGAAUAUUCAGAUCCACAGAGGUCAAAUAGAAAUGGUCAAAGCAGCAACAGAGAUGAAUUUGCCUCUUAUCUUCUUGCCCGUUCACAAAUCCCACAUUGACUACCUGCUCCUUACAUUCAUUCUUUUCUGCCAUAACAUCAAAGCACCCUACAUUGCUGCAGGGAACAAUCUCAACAUCCCCAUCUUCAGCACGUUGAUCCGCAAGCUAGGAGGAUUUUUCAUUCGUCGAAAGUUAGAUCAGAGUCCUGAUGGUCGUAAGGACUUCCUCUACAGAGCUUUGCUCUAUGUGCACAUAGAAGAAUUGUUGAGGCAGCAGCAGUUUUUAGAAAUAUUCUUGGAAGGCACACGGUCUCGAAGUGGAAAGACAUCUGGAGCUAGAGCAGGUCUUUUAUCUGUGGUGGUGGAUGCUCUCUUCUCAAAUGCUACUCCUGACGUCCUAAUUAUACCUGUGGGAAUCUCCUAUGAUCGCAUAAUUGAAGGUCACUAUAACAGUGAACAGCUGGGCAAGCCUAAGAAGAAUGAAAGUCUUUGGAGUAUAGCUAGAGGAGUCUUCAGAAUGCUGCGGAAGAAUUAUGGGUGUGUCAGAGUAGAUUUUGCACAACCAUUUUCCUUAAAAGAAUAUGUAAACAGCCAAAGCCAGAAACCUGUGCCUGCUCCCCUUUCUUUGGAACAAGCUUUGUUACCAGCUAUCCUUCCAUCAAGACCUAAUGAUACUGUGGAUGAAGGUGCAGAGGCCUCACUGCCCAACUCCAGGGAUAUCACCAGUGAGCCCUUCAGAAGAGAGCUGAUAUCCAACUUGGCUGAGCAUAUUUUGUUCACUGCUAACAAGUCCUGUGCUGUGAUGUCUACCCACAUCGUUGCCUGUUUGCUGCUGUACAGACACAGGCAGGGAACUGACCUUUCCAGGUUGGUAGAAGAUUUCUUUUCCAUGAAGGAGGAGGUCUUAGCCCGUGACUUUGACUUGGGAUUUUCAGGGAACUCAGAUGAUGUUGUCAUGCAUGCCAUCCACUUGUUGGGGAACUGUGUAAAUAUCACAAACACCAGUCGAAACAAUGAGUUCUUCAUCACUCCCAGCACAACGAUACCUGCUGUCUUUGAACUCAACUUCUACAGCAAUGGAGUACUUCAUGUAUUCAUUAAAGAGGCCAUUAUUGCCUGCAGUCUUCAUGCGGUUCAGAGUAGGAGGUACAGAAAUGGUACCAAUGGUGCUUCUCCCAGUUUGAUUAGUCAAGAACACCUGGUCCGAAAAGCUGCUAGCUUGUGUUACUUGCUUUCUAAUGAAUUUACUGUAUCUUUGCCUUGCCAGGUGAUAUAUCAAGUUUGCCAUGAAUCUGUGGAAAGGCUGAUACAAUAUGGCAUUCUGCUGGUGGCCGAGCAGGAUGAUCAGGAGGAUGUUAGCCCCAGUCUUACAGAGCAGCAGUGGGAUAAAAAACUCCCUGAACCAUUAUCUUGGAGAAGUGAUGAGGAAGAUGAAGACAGUGAUUUUGGAGAAGAGCAGAGAGAUUGCUACCUGAAGGUGAGCCAGUCUCAAGAGCACCAGCAGUACAUUACUUUCCUGCAGAGGUUAUUGGGACCUUUACUGGAGGCAUAUAGCUCUGCUGUCAUCUUCGUCCACAAUUUUAGUGGUCCUGUUUCAGAGUCUGAAUAUCUUCAAAAGUUACACAGGCACUUAAUAAGCAGGACGGAGAAGAAUGUUGCUGUAUAUGCUGAGAGUGCUACCUACAGUCACGUGAAAAACGCAGUGAAGGUCUUUAAGGAAAUCGGGGUUUUUAAUCAGACGAAACAAAGAAGAGACACCAUUUUGGAACUAAGCACUACGUUCCUACCUCAGCGCAACAGGCAAAAACUACUGGAAUUCAUCAUGAGCUUCAUGGUAUUAUAGACCACAUAUAGCACCUUUGUCCAGGGACAUGAAGACAGGUUUUGAGACUGUGUCAAAGCCUGGGGACGUUUGCUAAUCCUUCAAAGUGUAAGGUGCCACUGUCUGGGUAAGGCUGCCUCUGACUUGAACUACUGGAAGACAAGUGCCUUCUUAUGUAUUCAUUUAUGGGUUUCUUACAAUCCCAAUCCUGUUGUAAUACAGUGAUACUCAGAUGACACUUUGGAUACAAGUAAUUAAACAUGUUGCAAAAAAUAAGUGAUUAGAAUUAGAUUUAAAAUGAAGAGUGAAGUUUUAUCAGUGUUAUGUUUUAAAUCUACUUUUAAAGACUGUAACAGAUGCACAAAUACACAUAUUUGUGAUCUGUAGCUAACCCUGAGAUCUUGAGUUUAGUGGCAACGCAGCUUACAACAUAAACAAGUAACUUUCAUUCCAAUUCAGUUUUAUUGUUUUAAAUAAAUGGUUUAAAAAUUUUGCUUAGGCAGGAUAUAUAUUUCAUGGAUAAAGCCAUAGUUUUUCAUAAAUGUUAACAUAAAUGCCAAAAUUCUAAUGAGAAUAACAGUUACAGACAUCUGAGAAUAAUGAUCAUGUAGCAGAUGAUUGUGAGAAACAUUAGCAGGCACACCUUGCACUAUUACAGCUGUGUGGUGCAGUGGGAAAUUGCACUAAUCACUGCUGUCAUGAAUGUGAGAGUAGCGUUCUUCUUUUUAUUAUGGCAUCUGUCAUCCAGCCAGAUGAAAGUCAGGAGACAGUUGCCUGAAUGUGAAUAUCUUGUAAAAUCUUAGGUUUUUAUUUAAUUGAAAAAAAACCUGUUAAGUUGGUUUGGUGGGUUUUUUUAAUUAAUACAAUGUCAGAUUUUUAUUUUUUUUUUAAAGACUUGAUUUGGUGAAAUAAUUUUUAAUUUUGGCCCUAAAAAUUUCAGCAAUAACUUUUGCAAUUCUUUGGGAAUGAGUGUUCAUAUUGUAAUCUGUUGCUGAGCAGAUCUAAAUUGGCAUGAAGUAGUAACCUCUAGAAACACAGAAAUAUCACAAGCAAUGUACUUUUGACUCUGAUCUAACUGACUUACAAAAAAAAAAAAAAACACAGACAAAACUGAACGAUGAAUAAAUUCUGUCCUAUGAAACAGGACUCUGGUCUUGCGAUUUGAUCCUUUUGCAUGGAGGACUUGCACUGUAGAUUUCAUCUUCUCUUCAUGUGAGUGGAGAUUUGAUUGCAAGCUGCAGUCCUGUAUUUUAGUACAGCUGAUUUAGCUGAAGCAAUAACUUGGUGGUACGUGAAGCUGGUUUGCUUGUGAAAUGUGCUUUUCCUCAUUUAGAUUACCUUCUGUAUGAGGGAAAUCAAAUAUUUCAAUUACCGCAAUGUUUCGUUUGAUUCUUGGGUCCUGGCCUUGUGAGCAGAAAAUCCCCCAGACUUCACCAUGUAGUCUCUGUUGCUCAACAUAAAUCCGGAAAAGCAUACUUGAAUCCCAGCACUUGCACUGUUACGCCAGCACAAAACUGAUGCACACAAUUUGAGUUUGUGGCCAAGGAGCUUGCAUUUGUACUGCACAUUUGUCAACAAGAAUAUUUCUGUAAUUUUUUUUAUUAAAUGCUAUUAAUAUUUGAAA